CGAAAAUGGCUAGCACCUGGUAAUUUUGAGGCAGUUUCCGGUGUGUUUUGCUAAGCAUUUUAGUACUUUCUUGGGUACAGUUUAUAAUAGUUAUGUCCUCUAGAGAUGGACCCCGAGCUGUUGGCACGGAUGGCUCUGAUUUUGCCCAUAGGCAGCGUGUAGCUUCCCACUACAAGGAAAGCGUACAGUGGAAGGGCAAACUCAAGGCUUGUCUGUGCUUCCAUUUAGUUCUGAUCGUGGCUGUUGGAGCUUGGAUUACUGCUGCUUAUAGUGGCCUUGUAAAGGCACGUCCAGAGCCAUGGGAGAUGGUCUGGUUGAUAAGCACUGUUCCUACAAUUGUAGGACUCGUAAGUCUCCCAAAGAACAAUAUCAAGCAACUGUAUGUGUAUGCAUUCGGAACUCUUUUCAUUGGAGUUGGUCCUUUAGUAUUUGGUGCCUGUGUCAUGCUGCAAAACCUCUAUUUCAACAUCAGUCAUGGAAGAGCCCCUGCAACUCAACAGUGGCAAAAUGCACCAAUGAAGAUGGCAGCCUCUGCUUUUGUGAUCCAGUUUCAUGGAAUUGGCUUGUACUAUGCGAACAAGCUAAUUGGUGCUUGGAGUUCCAAGGGAGAGAAAAAGACUUCAUAGCAAAACAUCUUGGAAAACUGCA